AUGCUUUGCAUCAAGAUUAUGAACAGAUUUUUCACUCCCACUCUUACAUUAAGUGAGAAAGAAGCGUUAGUAUUGGGUUCAAUCUUUACACACAGUCAGGUUGAAUUGCAAUCUGGUAUUAAGUGCGCCAAUUAUUUCAAGCAAAUUAAAUGCAAUGCAACAUUUCCGCAAUGUUCAAGUGAUAGAACAACUCUGACUUAUGUCAAUAUUUCCAAUUUAUGCGCUCAAUUUCGCAGCGAAUGUUCCAAUACUUCUAAUGUUCCCGCAGAAUGUACUUAUCAUCGGCCAUCAGAGCCGAAAUCAGUUUAUAAUCUAAGUGCGUGUAUUAAGCCCACGUCAGCUCUUCACUUUCAUGGCAAUGAUUGUCCACCUAGGCCGAAAGAUUUAACCAUUCCAGAAUGGUUUAAUGAUGACAGAAGUCAACUUCAAGUCAUUGCCAUACACGUUCCUGAUACUUUGAGAUCCAAUGGUGCAUCGGAAAGUUGCAUUAAGAAAGUGCUUAGUUAUGGAUGCCAUGAAAUUCCUUUCUGUUCUGCCGAUCGUACUGAACUCUUGAGUGCUGGAAAUCAGCAAAACUGCCAAAAAGCACUAACAUGGUAA